UUAGCGGCAGCGGCAGAACGCUCAGGGCCCAGGGCGGAUAGGACAGCACAGCACCCCACAGCCUCUGUGCACCGCUUUACUGUACAGCGGACCAUCCAGCCAUAGGAAGCAGAAGAAAAAGACAGGGAACAGGAAAAAUACGAAAGUGAGUCGUCACGCUGUUGGAAAGAGACACCUCUUAGCUCCCUAAUACAAGCUGCUUCAGAAAAAACUGGCACAGAAGGUGAUAUAAAGACUCUUUUAUUAGGGCAAGAUCAUAGAUGACCAUAACACAGAGAGAAUGCAAGACGGGAGUUGGAACAACACACUCCCCCUCUCUGUGCUUCUAAAAGAGGUGGCCUCCCCAGGGGGUGUGUCUCUGGAGGGGGAUGGGGGCAUGUUUUCAGAAGCGUCCUCUGAUGGAGAUGUUUACCUGGACUCCCUGGCGGAGUUUCAGGGAGAGGGUGGAGAUUUUCUGGAGCUCUCUGCCUUCCUAAGCCAGGAUGAGAUUCACCGCAGUCUGGACUUGGCGCGAGAGGCAAUGAGCAAUGCUGGUGACUCUUGCGAGCUCUCUGACCUCCUAGUCCCCGCUCCCCUCCUCAAAGCUCCCCUUCCACUUGAACAUGAACUGCAUAUCCCCUCCUCCCUGCCAAGCUCCACUCCUCAAACCCCAACUACAACAGAGCGUUUGCCCGCCCACCUGGAGACCACAGGUGCAGUGCUCCAGGAUUCGGCCGAAGCCGUGAAGGUCACAUCCAGCCAGAACGUUCAUCUCAGCAGGCCUGCUCAGGCCUGCACAGGCCCCGGAUCCCCAGCCUCGCCUGACAAGCUUGUUGGCCACCGGUCCGCUGCACCCGUGUACAAACAGGACCGGCCCCGGCUGGUCCACAGAGGCCUGGAGCUAAACGAGCGAGCGGCCUCCACCACCGAGUUCUGCAGCCGGGCGGCCACCUUCAUCGAGGAGCUGUCUUCCAUCUUCAAAGGCUCCAGCCGUCUGGAGCGCCAGGGAGAGGACAAUUCCUCCUCACCUGACAGCGGCUACCUGUCCCCGAAGAGCCAGCGCUCCACAGCCCAGCAGACUCAGCCGUCUGCCUCAUCCUCGAGCACUUCCUCGGGGCUCCAACAAGGGGCGGUUCAAGGGGGCCAGGAGGAAAUGGAUGCAGGCCUCCGUGGGAGCGAGCUCCAGGCCGGCGGUGUCAGUGCGGAUGGGCCGAUGGCUCCACCACGGUUUACUCAGAAGUUGAAGAGCCAAGAGGUGGCAGAGGGGAGCCCCAUUCGCCUGGAGUGCAGGGUGACAGGGAAUCCCCAGCCUCUGGUCAGGUGGUUUUGUGAGGGACGGGAGCUACACCACUGCCCUGAUAUUCAGAUCUGGAGGGACGGUGACCUGCACAUGCUAGUGAUUGCUGAGGCUUUCGAGGACGACACGGGACGGUACACCUGCGUAGCUUCUAACGCUCUGGGAGCAGACAACACUUCUGCUGAGGUCUACAUUGAAGGAGCCUCGUCUUCAGAUUCGGAGGGGGAAGGUUCCGCCACCAAAUCAAAGUCAGGAGCCAUGCCACAGGUGCAGAAGAAAACAGCCUCUGUGUCUCUGACCAUCCGCACUUCUCCACCCAAAAGCCCCGAGAAGGUUUCUCACAGCACCACUCUGCUCCAGCCGCUGCUGAGCCCUCCACGGAGAGUUCAGAGUCCUGUGUCCUCACAGUAUACUAGUGAUGGAUACCUGCCAGCACCCCCUACGUUCACCAAGCUGUUGCAGGACACCCAGGCGUCUGAGGGCCAGGUGGUUGUUUUGGAGUGCAGGGUGAGAGGUAGCCCCCCUCUCCAGGUCCGGUGGUCCCGGCAGGGCCAGGAGAUCCAGGACUCUCCCGACUUCCGCAUCCUACAGAAAAAGCCUAGGUCUGCAGCAGAGUCUGAGGAGAUCUGCACCUUGGUGAUAGCGGAAGCGUUCCCCGAAGAUGGAGGCCUGAUCUGCUGCACCGCCAGCAACGAGUACGGCUCCGUCAGCUGCACCGCCCAGCUCACCGUAACGCCAGCGGCCGAGGAGCCAGCCAGCAACGGCAUAUUUGGAGACGACAGCGUGUCUGGAGACAGCCAGUUGUUCCUGCCCACUCCCCCGCCCACUGAGAUCAGCCUGUUGGAAGUCCCGCCCAAAACUCCGCCCAGCGCAGAGGCUUUCCACAUCAACGAGCUGGAUAUCUGGCCCAGCGUCAAAGCAACACCCGUCCACGUCGCCACAGACACCGAACCUCAACCCAAUGGAAUCCUUCCCAUUAGCCACGCUCCCAGAAGGCUGUCCAAAGACAGCCCCCCACCCGCAUUCAGCGCAAAGGAGAUGGUGCCCCCUGCUGGGGAAACUCCACCAUCUGCAGUCAAAGAGGGACCCCCGAUACCCACCAAACCCAAACCCAAGCUCAACGCAGAACAGCUGAAACAUCUCCACGAUCAGGUCCUGCUAGAGCAACAGGAGGUGGCUCAGCAACCUCGGGAAGCCCCGCCCCCUCCCCUGGAAGUUCCGCCCCCGUCUCCGCCUCUGCCCCCGCCCCCCUCCUUCCAGGAGCUGGAGUGCAGCACCAUGCAGACGAGCACCUUCAACUACGCCCGGCCCAAGCAGUUCAUCGCCGCCCAGAGCCCCGGUGGGGGUGGGGGCUACACCACCCAGUCCUCCGGCUCCUCCGGCUGCAGCCUGACAUCGCCCCUCUCCCCAUCCUUCCCGCCCCCUCCCCCGCCCUUCCUCGUGUCCAGCCAUGCCUCCUCUCCUAUUGGCCCACCGCUGGACUUCCCCCCGCCUCCGCCCCCCGUCACCAGCCCCACAUGCUCCGAUAACUCCUCCCCCUUCACGUCCAUGCCCCAAUCGCCGGCUGGGUUUUUGGCAUCCGUGCUGCCAGCCACGCCCCCUGCCCCUCCGGUCAACGCCCUGGGUCUGCCCAAGGGCAAUGGCAUUAGCGGGUUCCCGCGGAAGAGCGGCCGCACCCCACGAAUCAUCACCGACUCGGAGAUUCAGGGUUCCAAAGACGCCGUUAUCCAGGACCUGGAGAGAAAAUUGCGAUUCAAAGAGGAACGCCUCAGCAACGGGCAACCGAGGGUAACCUAUGAGGAGAAGAUGGCUCGCAGGUUACUCGGGGCUGACAAUGCUGCCACAGUGUUUAACACACAGCAAAGUGAAGAGGAGCCCUCUACGCAGGAAGGCAGCGCUGCUGAGUCAGACUCUGUCCCUCUAAAGGAGUACAAAGUGUCGAGCUUUGAACAGCGGCUGAUCAGCGAGAUCGAGUUCCGGCUAGAGCGCUCCCCGGUAGAGGAGAGCGACGAUGACGUCCAGCACGACGAGAACGCGGCGGAAACCGCCACAGCGCCAUACUUUCACCGCAAACUCAAACACUACAAAGUGUUUGAGGGCAUGCCUGUCACCUUCAGCUGCAAGGUCAUCGGAGAACCCAAGCCAAAGGUGUACUGGUUUAAAGACGGGAAGCAGAUCUCCAAGCAGAGUGAACAUUACCGCACCAGUCGUGAUCCAGACGGAACCUGCUCUCUGCACACAGCUGCGGCCUCACUGGACGACGACGGCAACUACACCAUUAUGGCCAGCAACCCUGCAGGGAGGAUGAGUUGUACUGGUAGGAUGAUGGUGCAGGCAGUGAAUCAGCGGGGGCGGAGCCAGCGCUCCACACCAGGCCACAUUCGCAGGCCCCGCUCCAGGUCCAGGGACAGUGGUGAGGAGAAUGAGAACAUCCAGGAGCGUCACUUCCGCCCACACUUCCUGCAGGCGCCCGGUGACCUCAUCGUGCAAGAGGGCAAACUGUGCCGCAUGGACUGUAAGGUAAGCGGCCUGCCCACUCCUGACCUGAUCUGGCAGUUGAAUGGCCAGACCAUCCGCCCAGACUCCGCCCACAAGAUGCUGGUGAGGGAGAACGGAGUCCAUUCGUUGGUCAUUGAGCCGGUCACCAACAGAGAUGCUGGGGUGUAUACGUGCAUUGCCACCAACAGAGCUGGGCAAAACUCCUUCAGCCUGGAGCUGAUUGUGGCAGCCAAGGAGAUGCACAAAACUCCGACUUUCAUCGAGAAACUCCAGAACACAGGCGUUGCCGAGGGUUACCCUGUGCGCUUGGAAUGCCGUGUGUCCGGAGUUCCGUUCCCUCAGAUCUUCUGGAAGAAAGAGAAUGAGUCCCUCACUCAUAACACAGACAGAAUAAGCAUGCACCAGGACAACUUUGGCUACCUGUGCAUGAUCAUCCAGCCAGCUUUAAAAGAGGAUGCAGGCUGGUACACCGUCUCAGCCAAGAACGAAGCUGGCAUAGUGUCCAGCACAGCACGGCUCGAUGUACACACCCAGUGGCAGCAGACGCACCCCCCGAAGCUGAAGAAGGUGCGUCCAUCCGCCAGCCGCUACGCCGCUCUGACCGAGCGAGGUCUGGACGUGAAGGCUGCCUUCUUCCCCGACUCCAGCCCCCUGCCUCCGGGCACCCUGGUGGAGAGCGACGACCUGUAGGGGGAGCCAGCCUCGGGCCUGACCCCGCGAACACGUACCCCUUUGACCCCAGUGCCACCCCCCUCCCCCCCGACUUCAACCAGAGGAACCGAACCCUUUUUGCCGUCCGGUAGAACCUGUUCAGAAGCCGGUCGGCCGGUCAGUUUGUGCUGAGAGACGCCAGUUUGCGGUGGGAAGAUUCUUGCUGUCUUUCUUGAUGGGCAGAGGGGAAGUGUGUGGCAAUAGUGAGGUCAGACUGCUUCUAAGAUGACUCGGUCUGCGCGCACACACACACACACACACACACACACACACACACACACCAGAACAGCCUGGUUUGAGGGGGAUGGUGCUGUACCCAUGAUCACCUUGUUCUGCCUUUGCUGGAUUAUUUCACAAACAGUGCCUGGGAGAUUAUUAACCAUAUCAAAUUGCUUAAUUCAAUAAAAGAGAAAAAAGAUUAUUCAUUGCAAAUAAUAAAGGAGUUGCAUGUAGUUCUGCAUGUGUUGCUAUGGUGCCAACAUGUAAGCCCUUGUAUUAUGCAGCACCUCAUUUCCUUCUCCUGGGCUGCGGGGGGGGUCUGUUCUUUCCGUUCUUUUCUGUGUAAAGGGGUGACUGUGUGUUUGGAGGGGUGUGGGAGGAGUUUUUACACACGCAUCCAAAGCUCAGCGGUGAGGGUGUUCACGCGUCGUCAUUUGGUUUUGGGGUUUUUUUCUAGGUCAACCCCAGCAGUCUGGGUGUAGUCACAGAAAACACACUUCCAUGGACAGCCGCUUAAUCUGGAUCCAGAAUAAUGGAUACAAGUUUGGUAGACGUUGCACAAGGCCAGGCCUUAUUUUUCACUUUCUAUUUUAUUGUUUGUUUGUGAUUUUGGUCGUGAGGGAUUGCUGAAGUGGCUAACGAGGCUGAUGUGAGGUUGAAGGACGGUUUUAAAGUGACACGUUUCCUGUGUGUUUCUGUGGGAUAAUAAAAGCCAGUGUGGUCUGUAUGUGGGCAGGAGCAUCUGCAAAGGGCACGAAGGAGAUUAUGCUGUCACUCAUUGAGUGAACAUCACGUCAAAAAAAGUGGAUAUAAGGAAUUAACGUUAUAGAAAUUAGCAGUGGGGAAAAUGCAUGAAUAUGCUGGAUAUUAUAAAACUGAAGUUUGUUUUAAAGUUUGGAAUCAUGGAAGCAGACACGUGUGUCUACGUGCACAUGACUACAUUUCCAGAAAAGGUCAAAGGAAAACAGUAUUUACAGACGCAUUAAAUUAUAUUAGUGACUUUAUUCUCAGAGAUUUAAACACAGGCUUUAUUUAAUGAUGAACUACGUACUGCCAUCACAAGUCACUUAAAUCUUUUUUUUUUUUUUUCCUUCAUAUUAAUAUAUAUUCACAUAUGCAACUCUGGUACUUACAAUGAAUUGGAGUCAAACUGUUUGUUGGGCUGUUGGAUUGUUAUACAAUUUGCACAUCAUUAAGGCUUGCAAUGUAUUUUGAUAAUGUAUCUAAACAUAUGGCUAUAUAGUAUGUACUCACACAAGUGUUGCAAUAUCUUUUGCCUUUUUCAAAUGUUUGCCCUCAGUUACUGCUGUCUAACGGGCCUCACGAUGAAAGCCAACCUGCACCUGUGUAUCUGAACACUCUCCCGACUCUGUUCUGGUUUAUGAACACCAAUAUAAAUAAAGGUCUUUGAAAGUA